UAUAGACCUAUUAUGUGUAUACUAAAAGAAUUUCUAUCUCUUUAAAAUUUAACUAGUUUUUGACAUUACAUUUGGAAUAAAAUACCUUAGUAAUCGGGUUAGGAUUCAGUACUAUAGCGGUACCACACUCUGGACAAAAUUUUAAAUAAUAAUUCUAUGACAUUAGAGAAGUUUCAAAUUACAUAUCUGAAGACUAAAAUUGGAAUUAUUGAAGAAUGCCUAUAGAUAUUAAUCGAAUUAGAGUAGAGAAGGGUGGAGAUUAUGAUAAGAUAGCAGAGUCUGAAAUGGCAAGAUAUAGGGGUAUAGGAGGAUUGGAGGAGUUGGUGAAAAUCGACCAGCAAUGGCGUAAAGAUAUCUUCAAAUUAGAACAAGUUAAGAAGGAGGUCAAUGUAAUUUCGAAGGAAAUAGCUCAAAUAAAGAAAAAAGAUGCAAAGGCCAAUUGUGAAGAAUUACAGAAGAAGAGUAUGGAAUUGAAACAUGAAAUUCUUUUAACUGAGAAACGGGUCUUAGAAGUUGAGAAUAGACGUGAGGAGUUGUGGAACAGAAUAGGUAACAUAGUGCAACCAGAUGUCCCAAUAUCAAAUACUGAAGAUGACAACAAAGUAUUACGGAGGUGGGGUGAUAUCCCUAAUAUUAUAGUGGAUGGUACACCAGGGAAGAUGCAUCAUCACGAAGUCAUGAGUCGGUUAGGCUUUUAUGAUAGUGCUAAAGGGGCAGAAAUUGCAGGCCAUCGUGGUUACUUUUUAAAGCAAAGUGGAGUUCUUUUAAGUAUGGCACUAGUUCAUUAUGGCAUGAAUUUUUUGGUAAAACGAGGUUAUAUAGCUAUCCAACCUCCACUUUUUAUGAAGAGAGAUUUAAUGGCAAAGGCAGCUGAACUGAAGGAUUUUGAGGAAACAUUGUAUCACAUACCUGCAGAUAUGAAUAAUACAAAAGAUGCAGAUUCAAAUAGUUUGUUCUUAAUUGCAACUUCGGAACAACCCUUGGCUGCACUGCACAUAAAUACUUCUAUUGAACAGAAAGACCUUCCAAUUAAGUAUGCUGGUAUUUCAACCUGUUUUAGGAAGGAGGCAGGAGCACAUGGUAAGGAUACUUGGGGUUUAUUUAGGGUUCAUCAAUUUGAAAAAGUAGAACAAUUUUGUGUUACAACUCCAGAAGAAUCUAAUGAAAUGCAUGAAGAGAUGAUUAAUAUUUCGGAGGAAUUCUACCAGUCUUUAGGAUUACCAUAUAGGGUUGUAUCAAUAGUUUCUGGUGCACUAAAUGAUGCAGCAGCUAAAAAGUACGAUUUAGAAGCUUGGUUUCCAGGUUACAAUAAUUAUAGAGAGCUAGUAUCAUGUUCAAAUUGUACAGACUAUCAAUCUAGGGCUUUAGAAUGCCGUAUGGGAUUUAAAAAGGGAGAUCGUGAAAAACUCUAUUGUCACUUUUUAAAUGGUACUUUAUGUGCUGUUCAAAGAACUUUAUGUUGUAUUGCAGAGAAUUAUCAAACUACAACCGGCUUAAAGAUACCAGCAGUUCUUCAACCAUAUUUAGGUAUGGAUUUUAUCCCUUAUCCAGAUAUUUGCCAAUCAAAUAUAGAAGAUUUAAAAGGAAAUCUGACUAGUGAGUAA